CUUAUCUUUAAAUGCAGUUUAUUUAUCAAUUCGUCCCCACUACGGAAGUAUAAAUGUAUACGUAAUCUAAUUUAAGAAAUGUGAGGGAUUGCAUAAACCGCAAAAUAAGCAUUUAAGAAUUUAUAACAAAGCGUUUAUUCUUUUUCUAUGGUUUAUAACUUUAUAAACCAUGGUAAAUUACGCUUGCCGCGUUUGUCUAUUAAUAGGCGAAAAUCACUUAAAUUAUAAAUUAAUUGGAAAAGUUAGGGACGUUAUUGAUUUGUGUUUGCCAGAAAUUAAGCACACUCUCCAAAAUAAUUCGAUUAUUUGUAGCCAGUGUUUUUAUUUCCUGAAAAACGUAUCGGAAUUUCGCAAAAAAUGUCUUGAAAAUCAAAAAAAAUUACAUCAAAACGCUGUUAUUCGCAAAAUCAGCAAAAGUGAUGAUAGCUUCAAACGUAAAAUAUCGGAUUCUGAUGAUAACCCUGACCAUUUUCUUGAAUUACUAAAUGGCAGUUUAAAUAUUCAAAACUCAAAUACAGGACAUGGGCCCCAUUUAAACUUCCAGCAAAACAUAUUGACAGACAAUUAUAUCAAUAAUAUUAUUAUUUCCACGCAAAGAGACGCAAGUUCUUCAAAUAUUGAAACAAUUGUUAUAGAUAGUGAUUCCGAAGAUGAGAAAAUAACAAUUGAAGGUGAAGAACCCCAUGUCAACAUAAAAAACAGCAAUGAAGUAACAAUUGAUGAGCAUGAGGUAAAAAAUAUUGAAGUUGAUAAUAAUGAAGAAAAAACUGUACCAAUUAAGAAUAUUAAGCAAGAAAAAAAGUUACAACCCAAAAGAUAUUCUUCAACUGUCCGCUACGACUGUCAAUUCUGCGAAAAAACCUACAAAACAUCCAACGGUCUCUUUGAUCACUGCACGACAAAACACGACGACAAAAAUUUGUAUUUUUGUUCCAUGUGCAAUUUUUUCACGGCUGAAAUUACCAAAAUAGCUGAACACUACAAGGUUUUUCAUUUACUCGACAAAAACGAAGAGAAUUCAAAAAGCAACAAUCCUAAAAGUUUUACAAAUUGUGUGAUCUGCAACAAAAAAAUUUUGUUCAAAUCCGUGCCUAGGCAUUUAGAAAUUGUUCAUAAUAUUACGGAUUUUGUUUGAUAUCAAUAAUAUAUAUU